GUCUACACAAGUGUUGGAAAUUUAUGAAUAAAACCAUCUCUGAGCGAGUCAAGUUUGUUCAAGGGAUGAAGUUGUGCUUUGGCUGUCUGAAGCCUGGCCAUCGCUCAAAGGAGUGUGAAAAUAGAAGGAUCUGUGAUACUUGUGAGAAAGGACAUCCAACCUGCCUACACGAUAAUCGCAGCAAAGAAAGAGGAAUGUCAACAAGGACUGAUGGAGAAAUGGAGAGUGACAAGUCAAGAGAAGGAACGACAGAUCGUUCACAAGAAAGGGUGACAAAACCACCACGCGAGGUAACAUCUAACAGAGUUAUCCAGAAUGUUAAAGGCACCCAUACAUCCUCAGUCAUUCCUGUGUGGUUGUCCACUACAAGUAAGCCAAAUCAUGAAGUUCUUGUGUACGCUCUUCUCGAUACACAGAGUGACACGACCUUCAUCCUUGAAGAGACAGCAAAGGUGCUUCACACUAAAAAUGAACCAGUCCAGUUAAAGCUCUCCACAAUGGCUUCAAGAAAUACAGUGGUGCCUAGCAGAAGGCUGACUGAUCUACAAAUAAGAGGAUUCUACUCCGAUAAGAUAAUCUACCUGCCAGUAACUUACUCAAGAGAAUUCAUCCCUGCAAACAGAGAUCAUAUUCCCACACCAGAGACUGCCAAGGCAUGGUCUCAUCUUGAGCACAUUGCAGAUGAAAUUGCUCCUCUGCAGAGCUGUGACAUCGGCCUACUAAUUGGCUACAACUGUCCUCAAGCUCUUGUACCAAGACAAGUGGUUGCUGGAGAAGAAAAUGAGCCCUUUGCUCAGAGAACAGACUUGGGUUGGAGUGUAGUCGGCUAUGGCAACCCAUGUCUUGACUUUGGAGAUGCCUUUGGAAUAAGCCAUCAAGUCAUUGUGAAGCAAGUGACAUCAGUUCUUCCAAAUCUCCCAAACGAAGUGCACUAUGUCUGUAGAACACAGAUCAAAGAAGUAGUCCUUCCAACAGACGUCAUCAAGGUGUUGGAAUCUGAUUUUGUAGAAAGGGCUUCAGAAGAUGAACACCUUUCUCAAGAGGAUCUCCAGUUCAUGUCAAUUAUGGAGAGUGGCAUCAGACUCAAGGAUGAUGGGCACUAUGAAAUGCCACUUCCCUUCAAGAAAGGAAGACCAAACUUACCAGAUAACAAGGUAUGUGGCAUCCACCGUCUCAGAUGUCUGGAGAAGAAGUUAAAGGGAAAUGAGCAGUACUGCAGAGACUAUAAGACCUUUAUGGAUGAGACAAUAGCUUCAGAAGACAACCCAGCUGACCACGCCUCAAGGGGUGUCACAGCAGAACAACUCACAGCUUCUAACUGGUUCACAGGUCCAGACCUUCUUUGGCAAAAAGAGCUACCAACUGGAGUUGUCAUGGUGGGAGAGAUCGAGAGCAGUGACCCAGAGGUCAAUAAAGCUCAGGUUCAUGACACUCAGGCAGAAGAAGCAAAAACAAUUUUAGAUCGUCUACACAACUUCUCAGACUGGGCAAGAAUGGUGAAGGCUGUUGCCAGACUCAAGCGCCGUGCUAAGGAAAUCAAAGGUCUCAAGCCAAAGUCCUGUGAGGCCUCGAACUUGGAGGAAAGGAAAGAGACGGAGCUGACCAUAAUCAAGAUGGUCCAGGAAGCAACUCUCUCUCAAGAAAUUCAACGCCUUAGACAUCAUAAGGAGACAAAGGUCAAAGACAAAGCCAACCAGUUGCACAAACUAUGUCCGUUCCUGGAUGAUCAAGGUGUAAUCAGAGUAGGAGGCCGCUUAGCUAAUGCUGCCCUACAUCCACAUGUGAGGCAUCCAGCAGUACUUCCUAGAGACAGUCAUGUUUCUGCAUUGCUCGUCAAGCACUAUCAUGAGAGAGUGUACCAAAGAUCGCAGAAAUGCAAAGGUCGGUGACAUUGUUCUGUUACAAGAUGCUGCCACACCACGAAACCAAUGGAAGCUAGCAAGAGUCAUCGAGGUCUAUCCUGGAAGUGAUGAAAGAGUGAGGAGACUCAAGUUACUCAUCAGUGACUCCUCCCUGGAUGGAAGAGGAAAGCGUACAGCCAAACCUGUUUACCUGGAGAGACCCAUUCAG